AUGGAGACCUACAACGGUCACGUUCGUACUCCCGCCGACGCCAUCAUUCUGUUCGAGGCAUGUCGCAUAGGCCUCUUGCCACGUGUGCAGCGCCGUCUGUCCGAGAAGGAGCGCCAGUCCAUCAAAUCCGGCUCCGUCUUCGUCUGGGAUGAGCGUGAAGCUGGCAUGCGCCGCUGGACUGACGGGAAAUCAUGGAGCGCCAGUCGAGUCUCGGGCAGUUUCCUCACCUAUCGUGAGAUGGAGGGCAAGCGUGGCGGCAGCAGCUUCGACAAGACCUCCUCUCGCGAUGGCAUGCAAGCCGAGCAAGGCGACUCGGAUGGCGGUCCCGAUGGUUAUCGCUACAAGCCCGACGGUCUGAUGAAGCAGUCCUUCUCCAUCACCACCAACUCAGGACAACACUUGCACUUGAUCAGUUACUAUUCGCGCUCGUCACAGCAAGCCGUCAACCUGAUGCAGCCAUCUCAGGACCCGCAGCUUCGACACAUUCGCCCGGAGAAGGGAAUGUAUCCAGACUCCACCGUACACGAGCAGAGCAACAUUCCCGCAGUCACACGGGGUCCCAUGGGUUCGCCAGGCUACGCACACGCACCCAAUCAACCAUAUCGCGGAGGCCACCCCUAUUACUACCAUCCAUAUCCGCCUCACCCGUCAGGAGCACCACCGAGCCCCAUGCACACCCCGCCUCCACACCAUGCGUAUGCACCCUACUAUCAACACCACGCACCAUACCCAGGUCAUGCCAUGCACUACCCUCCACCGCCAACUUCGUACGGCGCCCCGCCUCCGCCGCCCACUGCAUUUGAUCGCCCUCCACCACCGAUGAGCAACAACGGAAUCCCACCUCCUCCGCCUCCUGCACAGUACAGUCAGCCUCCGCAGCCUGGCUAUCAGGGCAGUUAUCCACCUCCUCCGCCUACGUAUCACGUAAGUCUAUCAUCCGGGAUAUGACCUUUUCGCGGCUAACAGCAGAACAGGGUGGCUAUCCGUACGCACCGGCUCCUGGACCAUAUCCUGCAACACACCCACCGCAAUAUGAGCAGAGGCCAACAUCAUCGGAGCAGCAGCAACCUCCAGCACAACCGGAAUCGCAUGCUGCACAAAAGGACGAACGCACAGAUUCUCAGCAACCUCCGCAAGAGCGCUCGCCUGCACGGGAAUCGCCUCAAGCCACCUCGGGUGCCGCCCCUCCGGCCUCUUCUGGUCAGACGAUUCCCAGCAUCUCUGCUAUGCUGAAUGGAAGUGAAGCCGGAGCGGCACCAUCGCCGCGUCGGAGCAGUCGUAGUCCCGGCGGCACACCGCGUGGCGUAUCAGACAUCCCCAAUCACAAGCUGGGCUUCGAGGCGAGUCGCGACAUCACGACACUACGGAGCUUGGACAAAACUACGUUCAAGGGUUACUGA